AUGGCUAGCGAUAUCCAGAAAUCGGUCCUUUUGACUUCAUUUCAUAGUGGAAAGAAAAGAGUCAAGAUAAUUUUACACAAAGGAAAUAUUGUUUGGGAUAAUGAAAAACUUCCUUCUGAUAAAAAAAGUGUGCCAAUUGAAAAUGUGAUAUCUGUGGAAUAUAAUUACAAAAGUUGUCACCCCAGCGAGAUCAGACAAAUAGAUCCUCUAUCGUUCACAAUUCAUUAUGCUGAAAGGGAGUCGGGACCGAAAUGGAUUUACAAAAAGUUACUAUUAAAACAUACAGAUCCCCAACAGGUUUCAUCGUGGGUGAAAACUUUGCAAGCUCAUUUGAAAGGUUUUGAAAAACGGCCGAAACAUUUGCUUCUGUUUGUCAAUCCGUUCGGUGGCAAACGGAAUGCCAUGCAGAUCUACGAGAAAUUCGGAAAGCGAUUAUUUGAUGUGGCUGGCGUUGAAGUCACAGUCAAUGUUUCACAAAGGAAAGAUCAGAUCAAGGAUUACCUGAUCAGCCACAACCUAGAGUUUUUCGAUGCCGUUGCUUGCGUGGGUGGUGAUGGGACUGUUUCUGAGUUGUUCAACGGGUUAGUUUUAAGGGAAUGCCGACAGAAUGGAAUCGAUGCUGAUGAUAUUAAUCAGUCGCUGCCAAAACCGAAGAUUCCAAUUGGUAUCAUUCCCGGUGGAAGUACUGACACAAUAGCCUAUUGCAUUCAUGGUACGACAGAUGUAACGACUGCUGUCUUACAAAUAAUAUUCGGGGAUUCAAUAGGAUUAGACUUAGUUUCUGUAUAUGAUGAACAUACUUUACUACGUUUGUUCGCCAGCGUACUUAGCUAUGGUUAUCUGGGAGAUGUCGCCUACCACAGCGACCAAUAUCGGUGGAUGGGACCCCAUAGAUACGACUUCUCUGGCUUCAAGAAACUGGUAGGGAACAAGGGAUACCGAGGAGAGAUCGCCGUCUACUCGGAGAACGAGACUGUCGCCGAGGAACCUUGCCGAGAGAACUGCGCCCGAUGCCGGUCGAGCGGCAGCCCGAACGCGGCCGAUUUGGCCUGCAAAUGGCGCACGAUAUCCGGCAACUUCUUCAUGAUCAGCGGCGCGAACAUCAGCUGCGCGUGCAGCCGUAGUCCCAGAGGCAUCGCGCCCUACAGCCACCUAGGCGACGGAAUGCUGCACCUGGUGCUGGUCAGGCACACCAGCGUGCUCAACAAUCUGCGGCUGCUGCUGCGGUUGUCGAGCGCCAAUUCGAAGGUGGACGAUUUGCCCUUCGUAGAGACCUUCACGGCCAGGGAGUUCUGUUUCAGGGGGGACGAGCGGGGCAGCAGGUGGAACUGCGACGGCGAGAUCCAGCACCAGACGAACAUCCGAGCGAAGGUUAGAUGUCAAUUGCUCACGAUUUUGAGUAGAGGAAGUCCAAUAUGUGAACCUGUCCAAUCAAAAUGUUGUGGAAUCUGA